AUGGCCGACGCCGACGACCCCCCUCCCCCGCUCUGCCCCCUCUGCGGCCAACCCACCGCUUCCGCCUCGCCGCAGCAGUCGGCGGCGGCCAAUGCGUCCCCGGCAAGGCCGCCGCUGAAGAGGAGGCCCCCGCCCGAGGCGCCCCCCGCGGUGGUGCGAGUGGAGAUCGGCGAUGAGGCGGUGGCGCUGCGCGACGCGCUGGCGCGGCAGCAGGCCGCGCUUGGGGACCUGCAGGCCGAGCUCGACGCGGAGCGCGGGGCCGCCGCGGGCGCCGCCAGCGAGGCCAUGACCAUGAUCCUGCGCCUGCAGCGGGAGAAGGCCGAGGCAAUGAUGGAGGCGCGCCAGUUCCGCCGCUACGCCGAGGAGAAGAUGUCCCACGACGCCGCUGAGCUGUCCGCGCUAGAGGAAGCGCUCGCCAAGCGCGAGGCCGCGCUGCGCGCGCUCCAGCAGACGCCCCGCCAUCCCAGCGCCGCCGCCGCGUCGGGGGCGUCCACCCCGCGGCCCACCUGCGUCACGCCGCGCCCGCCCGCCUCGCCCUCGCCCUCUGCGUCGGCGUCCGGCGGCUACUACCCAGCGCUGCGGUGCUGCAUCGACCACCCGCGCACCGCGUCCGAGGCCGACGCGCUCGACGCGCAGACCCCGCGCGAUCAGCUCACCCGGCUCGCCCACCGCGUCCACUUGCUCGAGCGCGGCGCCGGCGCGCCCCUGACGGCCACCACCACCACGCCCAUCAUCCGCGUCGCGCCGGGCUCCGCCUUCCCUCUCCACGCGCGCGCCUACUCCGACGACAGCCUCGACUUCUGCGACGGCGAGUACUUCCCGGACGACGACUGCGGCGCCAGCGACCGGGUGUAUACUGUCGACGCCAUCCACGGCGGUGGCAGCGCGCCCCUGGCGAUGCCCGAAGGCUCUUGCUGCGGCGGCACGCCGAUGGGGAGCGACUGCUGCGGCGGCUCGCCGUGGGCGGAGGACGAGGAGGUGCGCCGGCUCAGCGCGCGGAUGCAGGCGCUGGAGGCGGACCGGGAGUCCAUGCGCCAGGCCAUCAUCUCCAUGAGCGCUGAGAAGGCGCAGGUCGUGCUGCUCAAGGAGAUCGCGCAGAAGCUCUGCAGGGAGGCCGCCGCGCCACCACUUCCGGCUGUGCCCAUGGCGCAGCAACACUUCUACAAAGGGGGAAACGCGGCGCCGGCCAUGACCGUCACUGUGCGGCCGCCACGACACCCGCCGGUGCUCAUGCAGAGGAGGGUGGUGAAGAGGACGUCAUUCUUUGCUGUAGUGGUCAAGUGGGUCACAUCGAUCAUUUGGUGGCGAAGGAAAUCAUCCCGUAUCAAGUACCCCAUUGGCCAGAGCGGUAACAACGUGGGGUUGCUCCUGCUGCUUGACAAGGCUCCCAGGGCAGGGCACGGGCAUCAGAGACCUCCCAAGAAAAUCUAGCCUCCAAAUGAGCCGUCCAGUCAAUACGUAAGGCUCAUUUGUUUGUGAAACACACAGGUGGCUUUCGCAUUGUUGCCGCUUUCGCGUUCGUCUAUUGAUCGUGUCCGAUAA